AUGUGGAUCGUUGAGGGGGUAUGUGCUCUUCUUAGUGGAGGAGGGUAUGCUGAGAAUGUGGCUGUACCCACUGGACAAGUUCUUCCUGUUCCAGCUGGUGUUUCUCUAAAAGAUGCUGCUAGUUUCCCUGAAGUGGUGUGCACUGUUUGGUCAACCGUGUUCAUGAUGAGCAGGCUAUCUGCUGGAGAAACAUUCCUGAUACAUGGGGGCUCUAGUGGAAUUGGUACAUUUGCGAUCCAAAUAGCGAAAUACCUAGGAGCCAAAGUGUUUGUCAUAGCAGGAAGCGAAGAAAAAUUAGCUGCUUGCAAGGAUCUGGGAGCUGAUGUGUGCAUCAACUACAAGAGUGAAGAUUUUGUUUCACGUGUGAAGGAAGAAACGCAAGGGAAAGAAAUUUCAAGAUCGACUGACGAGAAUUUAAAGAAAGUGGAUCUUUCGGAUGACAAAUGUGUUGAUGUUAUACUGGAUAACAUUGGAGGACCCUACUUUCAACGGAACAUUGACAGCCUAAAUAUGGAUGGGAGGCUUUUUAUUAUCGGGUUUAUGGGUGGAACUGUAACAGAAGUGAAUCUUCUGGGUUUGCUUGCAAGGCGCCUCACAGUGCAAGGUAUAUGCUGA